UCAUUUUCUCUUCACUUUCCUUGGGUUUCUCGGAAACCAUACGGAGCUCGUGUUUCACUCACUCUGUUUCUGAGAAACUUGGAAUGAUUUGAUUUUGAGCGCUGUUUUCAUUUUGUGCAGAAAAAGAACGAGAACAAUCAGGGGCCAACACAAGAACAAGCAGAGAAUCAACCAGAACAAAACAAUAAUGAAGAAAUCAACGCCAAGAACACUAACGAAGAGAACAAAGAAAACAAUCCGAAUCCAAAGGGAGUGAUUGUGUUGGGAGUCUACAUGCAUUGCCAGGGAUGUGCUGAUAAGAUCGUCAAGUACUUGAGAGGCUUCGACGGUGUUGAACAAAUCGAGACUAAUAUGAAGAAUCACACAGUGACAGUGAAGGGGAAAAAGGCGGAUCCGAAGAAGAUUCUGGAGAGGCUUCGAAAGAAAUCCAACAAACAUGUCAAACUCAUCUCCCCCAUUCUCAAAGAGAAGAAAGAAGAAAACAAGGAAGCGAAGAAACAAGAGGUGCAGCCAAAGGUAGUUGAAGUCGUGUUGAAGAUUUACAUGCACUGUGAAGGUUGUUCAGAGGAUAUCAAGUACCGCAUUCACAAGAUGCAGGGUGUGAUGACUGUGGAUACAGAUAUGAAUAACUCCCAAGUGACUGUGAAGGGAAUGUUUGAACCGAAUAAGCUGGUCGAGUACAUCAACAAAAGGGCAGGCAAACAUGCUGUGAUUAUGAAGCAAACACUGUCUGAGAAGAAGAAAGAUGAUGAAAACAAGGGUGGUAAAAAAGAGCAAAAAGAAAAAGAUGGGGAGAAAAUCGAUCUGAAGGAUUACUAUCAGAUUUAUCCUCCCGGGUUAGUGUAUGCUCCCCAGCUCUUCAGCGAUGAGAAUCCAAAUGCUUGUUCAGUCAUGUAGAUAGAAAAAAAAUUGGCUUACUGACAGGGGUGGAGGCAAAAAUUCAGUGAAGAGGGAGUACAAAUUAAUUAUAAUAUAAGUUUUUUUUUUUCAUAAUAAGCAACAAUGAGAUAUUACUAAACGUAAAUAUUAAGAGUUUAUUUGGACAGAUGUGAAUUUAAAUUGAAGGAU